AUGUCCUUCCAUGUAAAGCGCACGAACAACGCAAAGCAAGGCGAAACCCUCUGGCAGUAUAAUGGCAUCCGGUCGACCAAGUGGGUUCAGCCGCCAUCUGGGAAGAGCGUACUCGAGAUCCAGACAACACACACUCCCACCGCGUUGCAGAAAGUUCCCGACGAGCUCAAUUAUCUGACACCUCCACCUCACUGGCAUUGGUCCCAAGACGAGUUCUUCCAUGUCAAAGAAGGUCGAUACAUCUUCACCUUGGAAGGGAAGAAAAUACCCGUGUCGGCAUCGGAUCCGCAACCAGUGCACGUUCCUGCUCGGGCUCGACACACGUUCAAGGUCGAUGAUACUCAUGAAGGUCCUUGUACCAUCGAAAUCUCGACGUACACAUCGCCGAAGAGCCCUUCCAAUGAUCCAGAAGCCUUCGGAGCCAACGCCAAAUUCUUUCGCAACAUUUAUAGCUAUCUUGAUGAUUGCUAUACGCAGAACGUGUCGCCCAGUCUGCCGCAAUUGCUACUCAUGCUCGACUCGGCUGAAAUUUCGAUGGCGUUUCCUGGUCCUGCGUGGUUGGCGCAUCCGGCGAGUUACGCUUUUGGAGUCGUGGUGGGAAGGUGGUUUGGCGGCUAUGUCUUGGGGUACAAGGCAAGCUACCCUGAGUAUGGAGAGGGCAGGAAGGAGAAGUGA